CUUCGUAAAAAUUCAAUUGCACGACUGACGGUGAACUAGGUCAGCUUCUGUUAUUAACUAAUUGAACAAUUUGCAAGUGAAGUGAGUCUCUGAGAAAGUGUUGGGAAAAUGAAGCUGUUGUCAGUGCUGUUAUUUUGCACGAUAUUAUCGAUAUGUCACGGAUAUCGAAUAUUAGGCGUGUUUCCCUUCAGUGGAAAGAGUCACUUUAUUAUGUUCGAACAAUUAAUGAAGAUUCUGGCUAAGAGAGGACAUCAAGUCGAUGUGAUUAGUACGUUCCCUUUAAAGAAGCCGUAUCCGAAUUACAACGAUUUAAUCGUGCUACCGACAAUGAGACAAUUCAUGAACAAUAUGACUUACGCCGAAAUAAAAACAUUAUUUGCGGUCUCACCUACUCAAGCCGUGGCUACUGUAGGGGGAAACGAUGUUUGUGAAAUUUUGAACAACUCACAGAUACAGCAACUUAUACGAAACCCGCCUAACGAUCCACCUUACGACGCGGUCAUAGUAGAGGUAUUCGGCGCGCAGUGUUUCGCGAUAUUUGGUGAUAUCUUAAAGGUGCCAGUGAUAGGAGCGAGCUCCUCUGUUCCUUAUCCAUGGAUCUCCGACUGCAUAGCGAAUCCGGAUAAUAUGGCGUUCGCGCCAAGCAAUCUAAUCGCCUACCCGCAGAAUAUGAACUUCUGGCAGAGAAUGUACAAUUUUGUGAACACCAUUUAUAUGAAAUGGGAGUUCAGAAGAGAAACCGCAAAACAGACGGAUAUUCUAAGGAAAUACAUUAGUCCUGACGCGCCCGAUAUCAGAGAAGUGGAAAAGAAGAUAUCUAUAAUCCUCGGUAACUCGCAUAUUUCGAUAAAUGGAAUCAAGCACACUACUCCUGCGUACAUCGAGGUCGGAGGAUUGCACAUACAUGACGACGGAGUCGAAUUACCCCACAGUCUAGAGAAAUGGAUGAACGAGAGCACACAUGGAUUCGUUUAUUUCUCGUUUGGCUCGAUGGUGAAGAUCGAAUCCUUCCCAAUGAAAUUCCUUAACAUCUUCUACAACUCUUUGAGUAAAAUAUCACCUGUCCGUGUUUUGAUGAAAAUCGCAAAACCGGACGAACUUCCGCCUGGUCUGCCGAAGAACGUUCAUGUCUUACCAUGGAUGCCACAAGUCAAAGUUCUCAAACACAAGAAUGUGAAGGCAUUCAUCACCCAUGGUGGUCUUAUGGGUACCCAGGAGGCAAUUCAAUACGGUGUCCCUCUGAUCGGUAUACCGUUGUUUGCUGAUCAAUUUGUCAAUAUCGACAUCUACGUUCGGCUCAAUAUUGCAGUAGAAUUAGAAAUUGACACUCUGACCGAGGAGAAAAUGGAUCACGCCUUGAAUAGCAUUUUGAACGAUCCAAAAUAUCGGGACACGGCGAAGAAGCUUUCGAGAAAAUUCAUGGAUCGUCCGUUAAGUGCGGCGGACACUGCGAUUUACUGGGUCGAAUACAUCAUCAGACACGGUGCAAACGCGCUCAGAUCACCGGCCAUGGACUUGGCAUGGUGGCAAGUGGAACUAGUGGACGUUGUAACGUUUAUUCUGAUUGCGACUAUCGCCGCUCUCUAUAUUAUAAUGACCGCGAUUCAGUUCUUGUUUAAUUUAAUUCGUAGCUCGGAUUCCAACCAGUUACGCAAGAAGAAAAUUUCUUAAAUACUUCUUUCCUUUCCUUUUUUUUUUUUUUGCUUUUAUUACGUUGAUAACAUGAAAUCUUGUUUCGUUUCUCCUCAACGAAGUCGUUACUCCUUUUUCUACUGAAAGAGAAAAGGAAACGCGGUAAAAAUAUUUUUCGUACUAUAUAUAUUAUUUUUGACAAAAAAAAAAAAAAAACGAAAGGAAAAUUCGAAUAGAUGUAGUACAUAGAAGAUUAGUUUGGUGGAGAGACAAUGUAUCUCGUAGUAAAUUGUUUAUGUAACACGCUCUGUAAUCGUAUUUUUUGUAAUUAGUCGUUGCUGGUUCCACGAUUGGCUGAACUCGACGUUUUAUCUCGUCUGCCUAUGAAAAGGCAAAUUCUUUUUAUUAAACCGAUAAUUUAAUUAAUCGAAUUGUAUUUAACGAUAAUAUACCAACGUACUCGUAUCAUCGCUUGUUUGCAGUUUUAACGAUACAAGAUAAAUUCUUUUUCAUUUUAUAAAAAUGUAUCAACGCAGAUAUAUUAUUACUUAGGAAAAUCUAUAAGUGCAAUUAAAUUGUGAAUUAAUUCAUUCCAUACGAACCGACCAAGACAAAAUAUCGAGUCGCAAACAGUCGACUCGUAUAUAUGUGUAUAUAUAUCGUAUAUAUAUAUAUGAAUAGUGAAAAAAUACAAAAAAUGUGUACACGAUGUAUGUUUACUGCUGCUUAAGUGAAUAUACCUAAAGAUGAUCAGAACAUCAGCGUGAAAAAUAAGGGAGGUCUCUGUAUUUGACGAGUUAAGGUCGCAAUAGGCGAAAGCCUAUUAUUAGUAUUACUACUGUUAUACUCUUACAGUAACGUAAAUUGAGUAAAAGAAUGUCCUGUGAGAAAAAUUAUAAAGAAAAGGAAGUACGUACAUGUUUGCAUAUUCCAGUUUUUAUCUUUCAAGACAAUCAGAUACUUUUAAUAGUAACAAUAAUAAUUAAGUAAUAAAUAGAGUUAUGAAAUUAAUCAUUUUAAAAUUAUGUUAUUAUGUUUCUUCUGUUGCUCACCGAUGUACACUUAAAAUUGAGCAUAAAACAAAGAACGAACGAACAAAUGUAAAGCGAUAUUUUCUUCUAUUCCAAAAUCAUAUAGAACGUGGUGUAAUAUUUUGGAAAUUGAAAAAUACUUUGUAACUCGUGGAGGGAAAGAAUUUCGUGAUAUAUCGUUUAUACUGAUUUAACGAAACAAAAUGUUCAAUGAUUGUUUCGCGUUUAAUCGUUGCAAAUGCGCUUGCCUCUAGAUGCUGACAGUUCGUGUCAAAUGCAUUUUUGCCUCUCAGAAUUUUCGACGUUAUGAAAGAGUACGCUCGAAAAAGCAACGUCAGCCUGGAAUUUUCGAAAAUAGAUAUUUUUAUCGAUGAUACGUGUCCCUAGUCACUACGCUUUUAUCCGCUGGAAUUUUCCUGCUUACACACUGUCAACUAAAUAUCGAGACGCGCUAUGUACAAUUAAGCGUCAGCGAGGCAUUUUAUUUACUGAUCCUCGAGUUUUUCGGGAAAAAUACAAAUGAAACGAAGCAAGUUGUUCUUCCUCGUUCUUUCAUAAUUUUAAUUAAGAGGCAAAAAUUUCAAAUGUUUAUUUCGUCUCGAUUGUUGUAGCGUUUACUUUCACUGUCAAUAUAAAUUAUUACGUGAUAUCGAAGAAACCGUAAUAACGCCAAUACACGUGAAGAAGUUCUUGACAACGAACCUUACUUAUUGAUAUUCUCGUUUAUGGGAGUAUGAUUAUACUGUCAGAUGUCACGAGGUAAUUGCUAUAAAAUAUCAAUCAACGAUACCUUCGGAAAAUAACGUAAAGUAAAUUAACGCGUAAUUAUUAUUAACGAAUUGUACGACGAAGAUGCGGAAGAUCAUCAGAAUACUAUUACACCUGAUAGCUUAUUUGACUAAGACGAAAACUAUUUUAUAAAGCGAAUACAUAGUAUUAAAUAAAUGUAAGCUCGUAUUUAGCAAGUAUUUCCCGUUAGAAUUACACCCAGUUCUUAACUGAUAUCGUUUGAUCCUGGUUGAUUUGAAAGGAAUUACAUCAAGUUACUUAAUUCCAAGAUUAAAAGUUAUCAAUGCAAUUUGUUACGAUGAAACUAAAUACCUAAUUGGAAAAACGAAAGACCGAUACUAACCGCUUCGAUUAUUUUAUUCCCUGGUAUUAUCAGGUUACUUAAUUUUAAGAUUAAAAAUUAUCAAUGUAAUUUGUUACAAUGAAACUAAAUACCUAAUUGGAAAAACGAAAAACCGAUACUAACCACUUCGAUCAUUUCAUUCCCUGGUAUUAUCAGGUUACUUAAUUCCAAGAUUAAAAAUUAUCAAUGCAAUUUGUUACGAUGAAACUAAAUACUUAAUUGGAAAAACGAAAGACUCGAUACUCGUCACUUCGAUCAUUUUAUUCUCUGGUAUUAUCAGACCCUCGGUUUCUCCAUAAUUGAGCAUUAUGACUGAAAAUCUCAUAAAUGCACUAGAAUCAAGCGAAUCUCUCUCGUACGAAACAAAACACGAUUGCGAUUGGAAGGUGAGCCGAGUAACUCGAAAACCGUCGAGUGACUAUCCGCGGCAGUUAGUUAUUGCCGUAAAUCCCAGCGCAUGAAGCCACAAAUCACAUUUGAAUCGAGGUUCUACCGCACGAUGAAGUCGACGUGGAAGCUGUGAAUCGCGUUCUCCAAUGUGAAUCCAUCGAUCGGCAAACAGAUGGUUCGGAAAUGACGUUGGCCUUGGCAAACGUCGUUGCUCGCGAAUCAACCGGAAAAAAUGUCUCGAGAAGGCUGAUCCGUAAAACGAGGUACGUUCGAAUGACAGUGUGCUAUUUUCAAGAGAAAGUCUUGGUCGAUCGGACAGGAAUAUCGAGGCUAUAUACAUGAGACUAGAACAUAAUGGCGAAUAUCCGGUACAAAACUCUGAAAAUGAAGAGAGAGGAUGAAUGAAUUUUCGGUCCAUGAAUGGCUAAAUGGAUGAAUGAUUCUUGUGUACGGGUUUCGAAGGUUGCUUUGUUCCUUUCGCUUUUGUUGAUUAACAGUGGCACUAUCGUGUAUGGGAAAGUGGCAGGUCUCAGAUUUGUUGGUUUUGUCGGAAUCAUUAGGAACAUGCGACGUGAAACGCGAAACUGAGACAUGAAAAUUGUAAAGGCGAAACUUAGACAUGAAACUUAGACGUAACAGCUGAUUUCAACAUAAUCGUCCAUCUAUUUGUCUAUAGACGAGAUAGAAUCAUAAUAAUUAGCUUUUAGAUGUGUUAACGUAUAUUCACACGUAACAUACGUAAGAUAUUAUAUUUCAAUAUUGAAGUUCCAUAUAGUUAUCUGAACGAUAAUCCCGGCUUUUGAUGUACGAUAACAUUUAUCACUAAAGAGAUUUGAUAUAACACAAGUAAGCUUCGCUAGAACAGUGUGUGUUGUAAUUACGCUUACGCGGUAACUCGUAACACCUAUUUGCAAAAAAACAUACACGACAGUGAGUAAGCAAUUCGUGCAAGAAUAUUGAAAUCCACGAGUCAUCCUCGAUCUUUCGUCAGUCAGCUCGUCCUAAGUGAAACUCGAAAACCCGUUAACAUUCUGGAACAUUAUCUUACUAACACUGAAAGUGCCAUGACUUCAUUGCUUGUAUAUGUACAAGAUCAGAAAGCAACACGCGAGUGAUAUGCUAUAUGAGCGAUACCACUAUACCAGUAUAGAUAUCCUACAAUAUCAUUCAUCACUGAGUCAGUCGCAGAGUAAGUAAUGAUCCUGCAGCUCUCUCGAAGAAGUGCUUCGUCGUCAAAGUUCGAUAUGCUUCCAUCUCAAAUGAA